AUGGCAGCUGAGUCACUGCCUUUCUCCUUCGGGACACUGUCCAGCUGGGAGCUGGAAGCCUGGUAUGAGGAUCUGCAGGAGGUGCUGUUCUCAGAUGAAAAUGGGGGUACCUAUGUCUCAUCCCCUGGAAACGAGGAGGAAGAAUCAAAAACCUUCACCACUCUUGACCCUGCCUCUCUGGCUUGGCUGACAGAGGAGCCAGGACCAGCAGAGGUCACAAGCACCUCCCAGAGCCCUUGCUCUCCGGAUUCCAGUCAGAGCUCCCUGGCUCAGGAAGAAGAAGAGGAAGAUCAAGGAAGACCCAGGAAACGGAAACAGAGUGGCCAGUCCCCAGCCCGGGCUGGAAAGCAACGAAUGAAAGAGAAAGAACAAGAGAACGAAAGGAAAGUGGCGAAGCUAGCUGAAGAGAACGAACGGCUCAAGCAGGAAAUCGAGCGCCUGACCAGGGAAGUGGAGGCGACUCGCCGGGCUCUGAUUGACCGAAUGGUUAAUCUGCACCAAGCAUGAACAGUGGGGACCAUCACUUCCCCCUUGGGCCACUGCUCAAGCCACUACCUACCUUUCCCAGAAGUGGCUCCUGACCACCUUCUCAUGAGUGCCAAUGAUGUGACCCUCAACCCCAUCUAUUCAGUCGGGGGGGAAAGCUUGGGGUAGACGACAGCAUGUAUAUAGAGAUUGUACAUUUAUUUAUUACUGUCCAUAACCAUUAAAGUGACUUUCUUUGA